GUUUAUUUAUAAACCACAUGUGUCUAAUUUAUUUAAAACAUUUUUUUUUCUGUGAAUAUUUAAAUCGUACUUAAGAAUGCCUUUUCCAGAGAAUUUCGUUACUGAAAUAUUUUUCCUCAAGUAGUUGCGGCUUGAGGAAUACUUUUGUAGGAUGUUGUUAAAUAAUGAAAUUGAGUAAUGAAGGAGCAGUGUACAUUGUAAUAUAUAUAUCGCUUAGCUUUCAUGAAACCUCCUGUCUUUAUGAUGAAAGCGAUGAUUACUUUGACUCCGAUUUAAUACCUUUUCUAUCGAUUAGUACAGAAAAAGCACCUAGAUCGAUUAUAAAUGACAGUUUUAAAAGUUGUCAAACGACCUUAGAAACCAACAUUCAAAAUCAUUAUGAUACUGUUACCGCAAUACCAACAAGACAGAAUUCUACUCCAAAUAUUGCAAGAAACGUUUUACAGUCUGAAUCAAACAACCCACUAACCGCCUUAUACAAAGUACUUCAAGAAAAUAUUACGGCCGAUUCAAAACCAAAUCAAGGCACAGAGAGUGGAAAUACUUUAAAGAAUGAAAACAAUGAAUUUCUCAGAAAAAAAGUAAACAAACAGUUUUCAAAAUAUACUACUUGCAAUUCGAAACGAAUGGAAAAAAUAGAUGUCUUAAGCAAGACGAAAUCUGAAGAAAGUGGCAAAGAUGAUUUUAAUGAAUAUAUAUUUUCGAAUUUUUUUGAUUCUUUACUGUCGAUGGUGAGUUAUAUAAAUCCAAAUCUUCUAAAUGUUCUGGAUGCAAACAUAAAAAAGUUUCAAAUGUAUAAUGUUAUAAAAAGGGAUUCUAUAAAUAGCAUUUCUUCCGAUGAUAGUGACGAAAGUUGCAGUACAUUGAAGACUAUGUUGUGUAAUUGCGAUUACUGUAGAACUGGAAAGCCGGAUACAGUUCUCUAUAUUGUAUCGGGGAAGAAGUUAAAUAAUAGCAUUACUUACCAUAAGCUGACGUCAAUUAAUCGUUCGAAGCCAAAAACGUCAUACAGAUAUCAGCUACGAACAACCGAUGAUAACGGUUCCAAUUGUUCUUAUCAGCUUAUCCAUCUUCCAGCGAAUUACAAGGAACUUAGUAUGGGUGCUAAAACAAAUAAAAAAAUCGUCAAUAGCAACCAAAAGACGAGUGCUUUCCAUACCCAACCGUCUAUGAAGACAGCACCUGUUUCCCGAAAUCUGGAUAUUAAAGAUAUCUCACCUUAUAAGGGGCUCAAGAACUUCAAGGGACUUUAUAAAACUUCAAAUGCCAAAGUUAGUGGUUCGGUAAAGGUACCGUUAAAAUUAAUUGAACCUAGAAGUCAUAAAUACAAACCUAUUUUUUUUUUUGAAAAUAACCCAUUCAUAAAAGAAACCGACUCAAAAAUUAAGAACGAAAACCAUGACGAAACAGAUAAUAACAAAAACCGUAUUGAGCCACUGCAUUUUUUUUACCAAUCAACAACAAAAUCCAUAGAAUUCAGUGACUAUUAUGAUAGGAACAAGAGUGAUGUCAAUAAAAAACAAGAAAGUUUAUUCUGCGAUGAAGCAAAAAAUCCAUCUACUUUUAGAAAUUUGAACAGAUCCUCGAACGUCACCAAGAUAAGUAAAAUUUCUAUGAACACUUCAGAAAAAAUACCUGAAACAAAUAGCAACCGAUCACCAGUAAAAAAUAUCAGGGAAAAAAAUGUUAGUAACGAGAAAAUAGACGCGCAAGAACCUAACUUAAGUAGAAUUGAAAAUGUGGAAUUCUUAACCACUGAAGCGAACAUUAUCACAUUUCAUCCAGGUUCUUCAAAAGGCAUAACUGAAGAUAAUUAUUUAAAAAAUGCAUUUCAUAAAAAAAAUUUCAAGAAAAUCUCGAAAGCUGCUUUAAAUGAUAAAACUUUAAAGUUUUUAAGCCCACUAACAAGAGCCUUUUUUGAGAUUCAUCCUGUUAUAAAUAAAAAUGAUAAAUAUACACCAAAAUAUUCCACCGAACCCUUGGAAAAAUCGUUAAUAGGAAUUAUUGAUAAAUUGUUGGAUAAAGUAGAAGCUCUGAAUGUUACUGGAGCAGAAUACAUAGAAACAACGACAGAUAGUACAAUACAAAUAAGUAAUGGUGGAAAUAAUAUCAGUAAUACAGAUGACUUUAGGAAUAGUUCUUUAGGGACGAAGCCCGAUAAGAAUGAAUACUCGACAGAUAUAAGCGAACAAUUAAAUUUGUGUGAUUCCAUGUUCAGUGCUACAUCUUCAACAGUACAACCAAGCGCCAUUACCGCCAUUGUAACGGCGACAGUAGCGUUAAAUACCUCUGUUAAUAAAAUAGAAAAUUAUGUAAACUAUGAUUUAUAUUUAAGAAAUUUGAUUGGCGAGUCUAACAUUGAUGAUAAAAUAAUGUGUUCAUAAGACACCAUUUUCACUUAAGUACUUAGAUUUGUGUGUGCAUUUAAAGCUUUAUUGUUGGUUGGAAAAUU